UCCAAAAUCAUCCGAUUCACAGAAAUGAAGAAGACUUUCCUUCUAAGCUUCCUUCUUCCAAUAUUUUUGAGAUUCUCAGAGACCACGUCGGCGUUAGGCUCCGGCGCCACCUUCACCUUAAAGAACAACUGCCACCAGACCAUUUGGCCUGCUACAUUAUCCGGGAACGGCCUCGCCGUCCUCGGCGGCGGCGGCUUCGAGCUCGCCCCCAAUGCCUCAGCUUCCUUCUGGGCACCCCCGUCCUGGUCCGGUCGUUUCUGGGCCCGCACCCGCUGCCUCUUCGGCGAUUCCUCCUCCACCUCCGUUUCCUGCGCCACGGGCGACUGCGCCGGAACCCUCCGCUGCGCCGUCUCCGGCGCAGCGCCGGCCACCCUUGCCGAGUUCACCCUCGGCGGAAAGGACGACUUCUACGACGUCAGCCUCGUCGACGGCUUCAAUGUCGGCAUCGGCGUGCGGCCCUCGGCAGAUCCGACAGCGGAUCGGAGGUGCUGGUACGCUGGGUGCGUGGCGGACGUGAAGGCCCGGUGCCCGGCCGAGUUGCGGGUGGCAGCGCCCGGCGGCGAGACAGUGGCUUGCCGGAGCGCGUGCGAGGCGUUCGGGGCGCCAGAGUACUGCUGCAGCGGGGCGCACGCGACGCCGGAGACGUGCGGGCCGACGAGGUACUCCCAGCUGUUCAAGGCGGCGUGCCCGGCGGCGUACAGCUACGCCUACGACGACGCCACGAGCACGUUCACUUGUCCUGCCGGAACCUCCGACUACCUUAUCACCUUCUGCCCCUCUCAGGAGGACAGCCGGAGCCGCUAAGCUCUCUCUUCCGGCGGACGCGUGAAAACAGGCCUACAAAAUUCUAAAUUUGGCGUUAAAAAUCUAAACUUUGAUUUUCUGAAUAAUAGUCUCUAUAUUCAAUUCUCAA